AUGCUUGCCACAUUCAUCCCAGUUACCUUGGGAUUGAUCCUACUGUCACCCACGUUAGUUCCAGCCUCUUGCGCCCAGCGAGCGGGGACUAGCUGGAAGCUUGGCUCACACGGUGCUGUCCGCCAGAGUCCACUCAAACCCGCGCUGCCGGAGGUGCUGAUAUCGGAGACAUGGGACAUUCUAGGGCCCUUUAGGCUCGGUACAAGAGAGGCCAUCUGGGGAGCAGAUCCUUUGGAGUAUUACGGUGGGUUCCACAAUUUGCCAUAUGACCCCAAUGCCACCUUCGACAGUGCCCUUGGAAUGAAUGGUUCUGUCCAAUGGAGCACCACGCAUGCAAAUAUAUCCAGCUCCUCUCGCGGUCAAGUCAAGGCGGCCCUAAACGUGAGCUUUGCAGCCGUGAAUUGGGCAUUCAUGCAAUCAGUCUAUGGCUGGUCAGCAUUACAGUACCAAGCAUGGGCUCGAGGGGUAUUGGAGGUCAGGGGAUCUCAACCACAGACUAUUGCCCUCUUUGGGGGUGGUCUGUUGGAAUUCUUGGUGGAUGGCAAGCCGUAUUUUGGUGGGGAUAUGUUUCGGUAUCACCGGGCUCCCAGCUUGAUCAAACUAACGCCAGGCCCUCAUACAUUGGAGUUGCGGCUGACGCGCGAUGUUCGGGCCCUCGGGGGACUCAAAAAUGCCAUUGAAGUCAUUGUUCAUGCCGAGCUGAGAGGAGCAGAGCCCAUCACACUGGAUCAAGACAGCCUGUUGGUUUCCGAAUUGGUCAACGAAAGGAUUGGGAGCCCAUGGGCCUCUAUUAAUGUACAGAACAAUGAAGAAGAAUCGGUGGAAAUCAAGUCAAUUUGCGCAUUGAAGACUGCACAUCAUGUGUCUAUGCAAAGCCCGCUACGCAUUGCUGAGCUCCAAACUCGUCCUCUGAUUUUCAACAUCUCGUUGGAGGCGGGUUAUAAACCUCAAUUCUCUGUAGAGGUGACAUAUAAGACCGCAAGCGGGAGUUCGCGUGCCAUAUAUUUCGAUAUCAGCCUUGAACAACGACCGUUGUCAGAUCCGCUUCGUAUGACUUACCUACACCCGGCGGGCAUAGUUUCCUACGCCAUUCUGCGAGCUCCACCUGAAAAGUUUUGCAAGAUCCCGCUACCCGCUCCGGUGAUCCUUGUUCUUCAUGGGGCGGGGCUUGAAGUAGAUUCAGCUCAAGCGCGAGGCAUGCUAGAUGCAGCGUACGGAACGUGUGCUUGGAUGCUAUUCCCAAGCGGUGUCACUUCAUGGAGUGGAGAUGACUGGCACUAUUGGGGUGUUGCUGACAUCCAGGCUGCAAUGUCAUCCAUUGCGAAUUGGGUGAAACAAGUUGCCUGGGAUGGCCCCCCUGCUGCACUAGAUAAGCGGAUUGUGGCUGGUCACUCCAAUGGAGGUCAGGGUGCGUGGUACUUUUCUACUCAUUUUCCAGACGACGUCUCUGCUGUAGCGGCUGUCUCCGGAUAUACAUCGAUCGAAAAUUAUGUUCCAUAUACGAUGUGGCAUGACUCAGAGUCUUCGCUUUCCUCGGUCCUCUCCAGAUCACGGUCGAGCUAUAAAAACGAGUUGUUAGUAGGUAACUUGGCUGGUAUUCCCGUGGCACAACAACACGGAGGAGACGAUGACAAUGUACCUGCAUAUCAUGGACGCCUGAUGCACGAGCUCUUAGGUCACGCUCAGUGGCCCUCUGAGUACCGAGAGCUACCGGGCAAGGGACACUGGUAUGAAGGUGUGAUGACGACCACGUACCUGAAGGAUUUCUAUCGAACCAUGGUCAAUCAGUCUAGCCUGACGAGGGUAUUGCCGCAAACUUUCACCAUUACGGUUCCAUCGUCCGGGGUAUUGGGAUCUAAAGCUGGGAUCCAGGUCGACCAGCUCUACACACCCGACGUGAACGGUAAGUUUCGAGUUACCCGCUCUUCAGACAGCAAGAUCUGGCACAUUACCACUCGCAACAUUCGUCGAUUUCACUUAUCAGCAACUUAUCCUCGGGCCGAGCUACCUGAAGCAAUUGUGCUUGACAAAAUGAACGGCACUUUCCAGGUAGAGGUCGCCUUAAGAGCGCAAAGCUGGUUCGUAAGAGAUGCCGAGGGGCAGUGGAGUUUCUCCCAGGACCCACGUUGGAAGACAGAGCAUCAAAGAUAUGGCCGUCAGCUUGGUGCGCUCGAUGCCGUUGUCCGCACUCAAGGAAAGUUCACUAUUCAGAGAUGUUCUCCUGGAGUGGAGCAAGUCGCUUUGCAAAUCAGUCGCAAUUUCUUCCAAUACUUUGCAGCAGAUUCCGAGAUUGUUGAGGAUUGCUCAAGUUAUAGCUCACAGAAUCACCCUGGCAACGUCAUAACGAUUGCGAUUGGCCAUAAUUUGCCAUCAACCGCGAUGAAAUCCUAUCCGAUUCGCAUCGAUCAAGGUCGUCUUGUUAUAUCAACGAGCCAAUCCACAUUGACGCUGCCUGGGGUAAACCGAGAAUAUUUGUAUGGGAAGCCUGGAACAGGAGCGAUCUUCCUUCAACCCUUACCAGAGGAACGAUUGGGGCUCGUGGUUUGGGGCACUGACUUGGAUGGAUUGCGGCAAGCGGCUCGUUUGGUUCCAACUAUCACCGGGUCAGGACAGCCCGAGUAUGUAGUCCUGGGAAAUCGCUCUCGUUGGGAAGGCGCGGCUGGAGUCUUUGCUGCCGGUCAUUUUGACUGGUGUUGGCAAAUAUCACCUGCCUCAUACCAAUUUGAUCCCAUGUAG